AUGGAAAUUUCUGAUGAAAUUCUACAGUCAGUCCCAUUACAUUUAAGGCAGACUGAAAUGAGCUAUGUAGGAGCACUGAAGAUCAGUCAUAGCACAGUUCACAAUUUGAAGAGGAGAGGAAGGCUAAGAACACACACAGCCUGCAACAAGCCAGCACUGUCAUCAGACCAUAAGGUGGCCAGACUUAGAUGGAUUUUGUCACACAUAAAUCCAUUUACAGGAAAUCAGGACCCCACAUUUGUUGACAUGAGGAAUGUCAUACACUAUGAUGAGAAGUGGUUCUACUUGAACCCUGAUAAAAGGAGGUUUUAUCUACUGCCAAGUGAGGAGGGUCCUUACAUGGCAGUUCAGUCAAGAAGAUUCAAGCUAAAGGCCAUGUUCAUGGCAAUUAUAGGGAUGCCAUUAUAUGGCAUAGAUGGAGAAAUGUUACAUGAUGGGAAGUAUGGCAUCUUCCCAUUCACUGUGCAGCAAUUAGCACAAAAAUCAAGCAAGAAAAGGCCAAGAGGGAUUUUGGAAACAAAGGCACUACAGAAUAUAAACAGAGAAGUAAUCAGGUUGAUGUUGCUCACAAAAGUUAUCCCAGCCAUCAAGUCAAAGUGGCCAGAAAGUCUGGCCAAGGAUGUGGUAAUCCAAUGGGACAAUGCUAGGCCUCACCAAGUUCCAAGGGAUGCAGAGUUCAUUGAAGCUACUACCACAAAUGGCUUCAACAUUCAAUUUAUUUUUCAGCCAGCACAAUCACCUGAUUUGAAUGUGCUUGAUUUGGGGCUGUUUAGGUCUAUACAAUCAUUGCAAUAUCAGUUUUUUCCUAAGGACUUAGAUGAGCUAGUCCAAAAGGUGAAAGACUCUUAUGACACAUUCGAUCCAGAGGUUAACAAGUACAUCUGGGUUACUUUGCAAAAUUGCAUGAUUAAAAUACUGAAGGCAAAAGGUGGUAACAAGUACAAGAUUCCACAUAUGAACAAGAAAAAGCUUGAGAAUAUUGGCAUUCUACCAGAAAUAGUUGUAGUCCAGAAGGAGGUAGUAGUGGAGGCUGUGGAGUAUCUAAACACUAUGUUUAGGCCAGCUAAUCAGGGCAAUGAAGAAGUCACAGAAGAAUUGGAGGUGGAUGCAGAUUAG